AUGUGAUAGGUCUGGAUUUCAUUGCCGUACAGUCUCCUUCAGCUCGUCCUCCAACCGGUGACGCCUCUCUCGGCCGUGCGGUGUGAGGAACAUCUCUAAUAAAGUCACUUUAGUUUACCGCUAGCCCCAUCCUUUACUGAUACAAUGGCUGUGCCUCCAUGCUAUGCUGACCUGGGCAAGUCUGCCAAGGACAUCUUCAACAAAGGCUAUGGAUUUGGCCUGGUGAAGCUCGAUGUCAAGACAAAGUCAGCCAGUGGAGUGGAAUUCAAAACAUCUGGUAACUCCAACACUGAUACCAGCAAAGUUGCAGGCAGCCUGGAAACUAAGUACAAGAGAUCCGAAUACGGCCUGACCUUCACUGAGAAGUGGAACACUGACAACACCUUGGGAACAGAAAUCACUGUUGAAGAUCAGAUUGCCAAGGGACUGAAGUUGACUUUUGACACAACCUUCUCACCAAACACCGGCAAGAAGAGCGGCAAAGUCAAGACUGCCUACAAGCGCGAAUACGUUAACGUGGGCUGUGAUGUUGACUUUGACUUCGCUGGCCCAACCAUCCACGGAGCCGCUGUCAUCGGCUAUGAGGGCUGGCUCGCCGGCUACCAGAUGAGCUUCGACACUGCCAAAUCAAAGAUGACCCAGAACAACUUUGCUAUUGGCUACAAGACAGGAGACUUCCAGCUGCACACCAACGUCAAUGACGGAGCUGAGUUCGGAGGCUCUAUCUACCAGAAGGUGAGCGACAAGCUGGAGACUGCAGUCAACCUGGCCUGGACUGCUGGCAGCAACAGCACGCGCUUCGGUAUUGCAGCCAAAUACCAGCUGGACAAGGAUGCCUCAGUCAGCGCUAAAGUGAACAACAAUAGCCUUGUUGGUGUUGGCUACACCCAGACACUUAGACCAGGUGUGAAACUCACCCUGUCUGGCCUGGUCGAUGGCAAGAACAUCAACGCAGGAGGCCACAAGCUGGGUCUGGGCUUGGAACUGGAAGCCUAAGCUUUCUCCAUACUGCAAGGGACUAGGGAAUAUCAGAAGAAUCUGGCCUUAAAUGUAUGUCCAACUCAAACCAGCAAGGGGAUAUCUUCGGAGAGAUCGGUUCAAAGGCUACGACAACAAACUCUAACUUGUUGAGUACCACUUCAAGUUGGUGCUUCUAUCAUUGGUAAAUUUUACCUCUGUUGCGUUUUACCUUGUAGCUGCAUAUAUUCAAGAGAAAGUUGGUGGCAUAUUAUUUAUGAAUUAUGUCAUUGUUCCUGUCCAGUACUGCCAUAAUAAUAAAAUCCAAUCCCUUUGCCCGUCAUCAUGUCGGUGUGGCUUUUGGUGAUAAUCCCUGACAUCAGUUUACGGUUUUGUGUGGUGAGCGUUUUCAUACCUUUUCUGAUUUUACAAUCAUAACCAUCUGAUAUUCCUUUCGUCAUCUACAGUUCUCAUUUUCAAAUCAUGUUAAGUACACUAGACUUUUUUCUGCUAUUAUUUAAAUACUGCUGCACCCAUCCUGUUCAUGCACACAAGGACAUACUAAAGCUCUGUGAUGUUUUGUUUUGCGUCGGCCAUCAGAGUUCGCGAUGUUCUGUUAAAGCUCCCUUUAAACUGGGCAGUUUUUAGGGAUGCUUAAAGAUGGGCCUGUAUGUUUUGAGAUGAGCGUGUUGACUUGGCCGACCAAGCAGAAUCAGUUUUUGUUCAUUCUGUACUAACAGACAACAGGGGGGCACACAAUUAAUGUUCACAGUAAUGCCAAACUCAUUGUCCAGAUGUAACUAAAAGUUGCACCUGUGCACUCUUUGGAAGUUCUUACCUGUACUGGGCAGUGACAGAGCCCACAGGAAGUCCUGGAGGUCCUUAUGUGUAUGUAUGAAUUUUCAAUAAAGUCUUUGAACUCCA